GAUUUCUGGUACUUAAUAAAACAACAACAGACUCAGGACAGUCUCAGUCAAGGAGUAACAAGUGUUUCACCGAGAUUGAAAAAAACCGUGAUCAAGGGACAAAUCCUAGAAGAAGCAUGGAUCGAUGGAUCGGGAAAGUCGCCGUUGUAACCGGCGCGAGUUCAGGAAUCGGCGCCGCGGUGACCGAAGCCCUUGUCAGGAAGGGUCUUUUGGUCGUAGGUAUCGCCAGGCGCAUAGAGAGACUGGAAAAGUUAUCAGCGAGUCUUGACGGAGCCAAAGGGAAGUUUUAUCCUCGAAAAUGUGACGUCGGCAAGGAAGAGGAUCUACUCAGCGCAUUCGAGUGGGUGAAGACCGAAUUGGGAGGCAUCGACAUUCUCGUUAAUAACGCCGGCGUGGUCAAGCACUGCAAAGUGAUGGAUGACAACAUCGACUCCUACCGCAACAUGGUCAACGUUAAUUUUAUGGCAACGGUGAUCGGCAUGCAUAAAGCUGUGGCUUCGAUGCAGCACCGAAAAGUCUCGGGUCAUAUCGUCAACGUAAACAGUGUUCUUGGACAUUCGAUUGCCGACCUGCCGAUGCCAGUCAGCGUCUACCCGUCGACUAAAUAUGCCAUUACGGCAUUGUCGGAAGUAACACGCAAGGAACUGGCAGCUGAUAACGUCAGGAUAAAAGUAACGAGCGUCAGUCCAGGCUUCGUCUCGACAGAAAUAUUCGAAACUGGAGGCUUAUCUGAGACCGAAAAAUUGUUUCAACGUACUCCGCAUCUGCAGCCGAAAGACGUUGCCGACGCAAUCGUUUACGUUUUGGGAACACCGGAAAAUGUUCAGAUUUCCGAGCUAACAAUCCGGCCCGUUUGCGAAAUGAUAUAAUCGAAGGCGAUAAGAGUCCUCAAAGAUAUUUCAAAGUGACAGCCUCAACCAGCAGCACCACUUUGCGUCAAAGAAGAUUGAGACGAGCACAAGUACUUCGUCUAUGAAAUUAUACUAAUACGUUAAAAAUUUAUUACAAGUACAAAGCAUGAUCUUGUAAAUUUAACAAUU